CAUCGCCCGCCCUUCAAUAUUCUUGAGACAAAGCGUCACUCAACCCUCUCAACCAUGGCUGUCAAAGAAGGAGGGAAUAAGAAAGACUGACACAGCUGCCUUUCCGUGCUUCCUCGUUGUCUUUUCAUCUGGAUACCUAAGUCCUUAGUCAACCAGUCACCACUUACCUCAAAACUGAUUCUCUGGCAGCUUCACGCACCCCGAAAAGAGCGCAGGUACGAGGCAAAACGCUUGCUCUGGGCUGUUGGCUGAAACAAAGAUCGAACAGUACACACAACGCCUCCAAUCGAGGUCAAAGAGCCCCCCCCCAAAGUGAUGAGCUCUUGAACUAAGCUUUCUAGAAGCCGUCCUGGGAGUAUGGUAGAUCUUACGUAAAGACCUAAAGACGUGCGAGAUAUCACAUCGGCUUUGCGCUCCCAGUCUCUCGGACAUGUUGUGUGACAUGCUGGCUACGGGCAUCUCCUCCUUAGUUGCAUGUGUCCAUCAGUACCGCUACCUUGCUGGCCAAGACCGACCCAGAUGAACCGUCCUGUCUAGGUUUUGGGUAGGAUUUCGGCUACUCGUUCAAGCUAGCGUAUAACACCGUGGCACAGAAACUAAGAGGCCAAGAGCACACCCUAUGCACCGAUCUGCAGCAUCAGGUCCAGCUCUUCCAGCUCUUUUUUGACCGCAGCACAAACCAGAGAGCCAGACACUCCGGCCUCACGUCCUCAACUCCAAUCACCACCUUUUCUUGACCCCUUUUCCCAAUACCGCCGUCUGCGUGCUUGUUUGCCCCUGCGCCUCCAGAUCUCCCAGGCGCUCUCUGGGCUCUCCACACCGCACGCGCCUGUCCUCCACCUGCUCUCCGUUGGUGACUCGGGGCAGUGGAUAUCCCCGACUUUCCCCACCAACUCUCCCCACGGGGUCGGGCGGGUCCCAUCUUGACUUGACGACGGUAACCCGGUGUGUCUACUUCACCAAAUCUACUGCACGGUCUAGGUCUUCAGUUCGCCUACCAUGCUUCUCCGUCCUCACAACCUUAGGGCCACCACGGUCAACCUCACCACCGCCACCACCGGGCGGCAGAGUCGUCAGACCUGCGGCCUUAUCUACUCCCGUCAGCAACAUGCCCGACCGGCGUUUGCGCCCGUGUCUGCGCCGUUUGCCAAGCGCUCCCUGGUGACACUGAGUGCCGGCACACAGCUGGCCAAGCUCACCCAAGAGGGCUCAGCCGUGUCGAUCGCUUCUAUCCGUAUGCUGAGUACCACUAGCUCCCUUUCAAAGGUGAAACGGGUGCCGUCUCUGUUGCAAUCCGCCCAGAAAAAGAGUCCCAAGGCAUCCCAGUCGCAGAGUCAGCCAUCGUCUUCGUCGCCGUCAUCGCCUUCUGCAUCUGCUUCCAAAUUCACGUCCCCGCAGAAACUACCGAAAGCCCAGCAGCCGCCAGCCACUGAGACCGCACCCCCUCAAGCCCAGGGGCAGCAUGCCACUCCGGAUCCUGACCGUGUCACCAAGGAGCUUCUGGCCAAGCAAGGUAUUCCGUCAGAGCACAUGACCCUCACCGCUCUGCGCGCCUUGGUCCAACCAACCGUCCCGUCAGCGGCUUCUGCCUCUGCUGCUGCUGCUGCUGCUGCUGCUGCUGCCUCUGUCUCUGCCUCUGCCCCUGACUCCUCUCAUGAUAGCCAGCCCCCCGCAGCCGGUGCAGAGGCCGAUCAGACGGGUGCUUCUGAUCUGCUUGGUCUGGAUGUUGACGGCCGGAACGCCCGGGCCUCGACGGCUGCUCCUGGGCAACCUCAGCCUCUUACCUACUUGAGCUUCAACAAGGAUGCUGCUGACAAGAUCUCAGAUGCGGCCUUUGCAAUCAUUUCGCAUCCUACUGUUGUCAUCACCCCGCUGCUGCUCAAAGAGUAUGUUGCUCUCCAGGCCUCUCUUGGCAAGCCCAAGACACUGCCGUACGUUUUGGGCCUAUAUGCGUACAAGGCAGCCCCCAAGCUUAGCUCUGGAAAGCUGGCUUACAAGAAGCGGAAUCCUGACAUGCCGAAGAACGCGGUGGAUCCCGAGGUUGCUGAGAUGGCACUGGACGCAGCACUUGAUGCCAAGGACCUUGAUGCCGCUGUUGGCAUUGUCGAAAAUACGUACGCUACCAAGGCUUUCACCCGCGCCAAGUUGUUGAAAAAGGCACUUGUACCCAUGACCGGCUUGGGACUCACUCCAGUCGCUGCUUGGGCUCUCGCCAAGAACUAUGGUACAUGGCAAGAUUCAAUGGAGACUGUUAUGGCGACCAACGUAGCCUUCUUCGGCAUGCUGGCCUAUAUUGGCUUCACUGCGACCAUGGGCAUUGUGGCCACUACCACGGCAAACGACCAGAUGAAACGGGUGACCUGGGGCCCGGGUAUUCCGCUGCGGGAGCGAUGGAUCCGAGAGGAUGAACGGGCCGCUUAUGACAAAAUCGCCUGCUCAUUCGGAUUUGGGGAAGUGCUUCGUUACGGAGAGGAGGAAGGAGAAGAGUUUGACGUGCUCCGUGAAUAUAUUCUGAGCAAGGGCAUGAUCCUUGAUGCCGUCAACCUAAUGCCAGGCAUGCAAUAAACUUGCGGCAUCUAUCUAAUCGAGAGCCAGAGAACGGCAUUCAUUCCCCACGCUCCCCCCCCCCCCCCUCCGUGCAGCUCGGAAGAGCCUUGGCACCAUGUACUGGUGGCAGUGAAGACUUAAGAGACUGAGUUUUCGAGAUGACCCCGGCUUUCCUAGCUUGACCUCUUUACCGCUUGGUCACCACGUACCUUGGUUGCCAAGCUAGCGAUCGGCGGGAGGACUUACAUAUUCACAAGCCCUCAAGGUUGCCAAGGUCGUCUAAGAAGUCCCAACAGAUAAGAGGAUAAGACUAGCAUGCCCACGCCCAAAAUGGACACCAGACUCGCUCGCCUCCCUCUCCGUGCAGAGGCUCUUCUGCGGCUUCCCGUUGCCUUGAUGUAAGCACGGUAAUACAGCUAGGGUGUUGAAAAGGAAAAAGAAGCAAUCAUCUGCCGGCUCUUACUCUCUCAUCUCUCUUUCAUCUUGUACCGCAAUCUUUGAGACUUUGCAUAGAUUUCCACCCAACCGACCGUAGUCCGUCCCACGUCUCCGUUCCCCACCUAAAACUAGGAUGUUUCUCCAUGCAUCCCUAGUCAACACUUCGAUUACUAGUGUACUCCAGUAGGUUGAAACUGCCGCGACUCAAAUCUGAUCUGUGGCUUUGCCUAGCCGACAUUUCCCCUCUACGUCACCCGAGUUGCUUGGCGUUUAUUCUCUAUGCCUUGUACUACUUGUCCCUCCUCCCUAUUCCUUUUAUAUAUAUAUAAGUUCCAUGUCCC